UGCUCGUGCGCUGCAGCUGCUCACAGUUCGCUUUUGGCGAGUUAAAGCUUUAAAAGCUACUGCCUCCAGCUUAAAAAUUACUUUUAAUGUAAAGCUUAACUAGACAACGCGAUUCCUUUUAGUCGUUGUUCAGAUUUUACCGCGCAUUGUAUUUUUUUUUUCGAUUACAGUGAUUAAUUAAAUAAAUUUUAUUAAAGUGACAAAAUUUGUUGUAAUCAGAAUCGUAAAUCAAGUUCAACUGGCUUAAAGUUUGCAUAGAACUAGGAGAGAUCCACUCUAAAUGCAACUAUGCGCACAUACAAAAUCACACUAUGUCAGAUUUGAAUACUACGAAGACAGAAAUUCUUAGCGUCCCAGAUCCGGCCAGAACUUUGGAAACUGUUGACCAGGCGAUAGAAAAGAAAGAUGUUCAAGCACACGAUAAAGCAAAGGCUGCUAGCUAUAGCUGUGAUGACGAUGACGACGAUGUUAUCAUUGUUGAAUUACUGCAAGGUUGUGAGCCCGAAAGACCCGAAACGACCAAUACAAAGUCAACAAUACUUUUGGACAAUCAGUUAGAGAAUAUACAUAUUGAAUCUGAAGAUUUAAGUCGGGAGUAUUCUACAGAUAUUAAGAAGCCAAAUAUGCAGUUUAACGGAGGCAAGGGGUAUCAAAACAAAACGCCGGUUAACGUUGGAAAUCACGAUACUGAAAGCGCAAUCAAAAACAAUUUUGUAAAGGAAAGCACAGUUUGUCAAAGCAUAACCGUACGCACUGCAGAGUCUUCAGUGUCCAGAAAUGAAUCCGUUGAAUCUUGUGGCUCCAAACAGGGCCCUCUCACCCUGCUUAAGUCCCAGUCUCUGGACCUAUACAAUGAGGAUUGUGCUGGCCUGAAUAUUGAUCAACAGUUACACAAUCGAGUUCUUCCUAAUAUCACAGAAAAUCGGACUGCUGAGAGCCAACUCCAAUCAAACGAUGAGAAUGUGGAGCGGGGUCAAGGCGACGGCUUGAACAGAUCGACUGGAGAAAUACGUCAACGUCCAUCACACCGCCCAAACAUUGCGACAGCAGCGUUUCCGAGCACAGACUCUCGGCCAAUUUAUCCAAAUGUUCCAUAUAGCCCGUAUGGUAGUCCCUUCGGAAGUCCCCGAUCAGUACGGCGUAGACCUCCAUUACGUGAAUCCCGACGAAUAUCUAUUGAGAAAUCGGGAAGUUUCCUUCAACUGAAUCAAUAUAAGCUUUUGGAUCAAAUAGGACAGGGUUCAUACGGUCUUGUGAAGUUGGCCUAUUCUGAAGAGGAUUCGACACAUUACGCCAUGAAGAUUCUCUCUAAGAAGCGUCUUUUGCGACAAGCCGCAUUCAUGCGUCGCGGUCCGAAGCAAGCCACAUCUCCGCUGGAUCGGGUUUAUAGAGAAAUCGCAGUUUUAAAGAAACUCGAUCAUCCAAAUGUUGUCAAGUUAGUGGAAGUGCUGGAUGAUCCAAUGGAGGAUUCGCUUUAUAUGGUUUUUGAGCUCGUUAAAAAGGGUGAGGUUCUUUCCAUACCCACGGACAAACCAUUGACAGAAGAGCGUGCGCUGAGUGUGUUUCGAGACUGUUUACUAGGAUUAGAGUAUUUACACUAUCAGAAAAUUAUUCAUGCGGACAUUAAACCUGGAAAUUUGUUGUUGACCGAAUGUGGACAUGUCAAGAUAGCUGAUUUGGGAGUUUGCAAUGAGUUUCUGGGAGAGGAUGCUACAAUGAGUAAUGGAGCGACAGGUGGAACGCCAGCUUUUCGAGCACCUGAAACUCUUGUACUGGGCAAGAAUAUGUACUGCGGUCGGGCAGCGGAUAUUUGGGCCUUGGGAGCAACAUUAUACUCUCUAGUUUAUGGAAACGUUCCAUUCAUAGCUAACUCCAUACCCUUGUUGUAUGAAAAAAUACGAAACGAUCCAGUGGUAUUUCCUGGACAGCCAAAAAUCAGCGACGAUUUGCAAAACUGCAUUUUGCGCAUGCUUGAAAAGGAUCCAGCAAACCGAAUAACUUUGCCACAAUUAAAGACGCAUCCGUGGGUGACCAGUAACGGAUCCUAUGUCUGUCCAACUGAAGACGAAAAUUGUUGCCUGGUACAAGUGGACGAUGAAGAUAUUAAUUCUGUUGUGCGCAGUAUUCCAAAGCUUGAUACGCUUAUCUUAAUCAAAACGAUGCUUAAAAAUCACUCCUUUGUAAACCCCUUUAUGAGGGGCAUCUCCGGUAGGGCUCCCCAGCCAGGCGGUUCCAGGCUUGAGAAAUUUGUCAAAGCCGGUAGAUCGAAUUCAGCACCUGGGUCGUAUCACAUACCAUUGGACAGGGAGCCAUCGAUGGAUAACGUACUUCCGUCGCUGACUGAACAUUGUUCUAGCCAAAAAAAUGAAGAAACUUAAUCAAAUGC